AUGCCCGCCCCAUACCGACACGCCGCGAUAGAAGCUGAAAGAACCGGCGGAGCAAGCUUCAGCCGCUUCCGCUUCCUCCAAAGCAUCUUCGGUGAGCAUUACUACUACACCGCCUCCCCAAAUGACCUGGAAUCCUUCAAUAAACACAAGACCUCCGUACACCGCCUCCUCAACUGGAAGGUUCAGCGUCUACCCAAAUAUUCCGUCUAUAAUGCCCCCAUCCUCGGCCUACGAAAGUACGAAAACGAAUUCCUGUUCGGGGCAGCGAAGAUUCCGCGCUUCGUGGUGAAUUUGCGCUUUAAUCAAAGUGCGUAUGAGGAGUUUACGGCUCAGUUUGAGGCGGCGAAACAUCGGUUUUUGAACGGGACUUAUAUGACGUGGUUAAAUGCUAAAAAGGUCAUGGAUAAUCUGAUGGCGAAUCCAUACUCGUUAAUGCCUGUGCCAGAGAAGCUGAUGGUUCGGGAGUGGUGGGACAAAUUUGCGGAGGACGUGGGGCAGUGGGAGGAGGAGCUUGACGCGCUGGUAUUACCAAAGUGGGAGUUUGUUGUGCAGAAGUUGCAGGCCCUUGAAGAGGAAGCUGUGGAUUUUGAGGGGGAGUGGGAUCUAUGGUGCUGA